AUGGAUGAUGAAUUAAUUUAUCAUUACGGUAAAUACACAGCAUUGUUACAAAAAUUUAUUGCUAUUGUAAACAGUCAAAUAAAAGAAGUUAGAAAUAAAAUGAAUAAACAAGAAGAAGAAUAUAAACAAAAGAAAGUUGAAGUAAAAUUAUAUAAAGAAGAAAUAAUAAAUGCAAAAAAAGGUAAUGAUGUUAUUUUAGUAAACAAAUAUGAAGAGAUGUUAAAAAGUGCAGAAGAAGAAAUGAAAACAGCUAAAAUAAAAAAAACGGAAGAAAUGGAAAAAUUAAAAGUAUUAUUCCCACAGUUAAAAAUUUCUAAAGAAAAAUUAGAGUGGGUUGAAAGUCAAACUAAGGCUAUUGGCAAAAAUGAAGAGUAUAUUCUUGAACAAUGGAAAAUAAGAAAUCAAACUCUUAUUAAUGAAAAGAUAAAUUUUGUUGAAUAUUUACAAAAUGGAAGUAAACUUAUUAAAGAAAUUAAAGAAGCAGAUGAUUUAUUAAAUCAAAUUGAACAUAAAUUUGUUGAAGGAAAAAAAUAA